GGGAGGAAUGGCAAAUAAUGGACACACAAGUACCCACACUCAUCCAAAUUGCCCAGGAGUUGAAAGAAGGCAGUUAGCAUUAGCUAGCUUGAUAACGGUGGGAUUUUCUGCACCGUAUCACCUAAUGAAAGUAUUUGCACCUAAACAACCUAAACAGAUGAACAUCAUCUAAGAGACGUGUUUGAAAGUAGCUGAAAAUGUCAACAGAUAUUCUCAGCCCAGAGCCUAGAUAUGGAAAAUUGAACGUGCUGGUCACAAAACUUCAGGAGUUUCUGUCUCAUGUGGCUGAUGAACAAGAUGAAGAUGUGCCAUUACCACAACAUCUGAAUGGUUUGGUGGCUGCCAAUUCCAUAGUGUCCCAGGAAACUGACCAAACUUUAAAGGAGGAGACGCUGCCCAGUUGCUCUAAUGAGACGAAGCAACUUCAUGAGACCAGACAGCCUCCCAAUGCUCGUUCCAGGAGGAAGCCCUUGAUAGUGGUCAGACACACUGGUCAGGACGAGUCGGACUGUUCCUCGGACAAUAGAAGCAUCGCAUCCAACGACUCCAGUGAUCUAAACCUCGACUUUCUCCCAAAAGGGACGGUUGUGGUGAGACCGCAGCCUGUGGAGGACGAUGGGGAUGAGUUCAGAGGUCCAGAAUUCGGCAGCAAAACACGAAGUAAACAGAAUAGAUUGAUCAAACAAAACUUUGAUUACCAGGUAGUAAGCUGUACGGCUUGUGGACAGCAGGUCAAUCACUUCCAGAAGGACUCUGUCUACAGACAUCCAGCCCUCAAAGUGCUCAUCUGCAAGUCUUGUUUCAGAUACUACAUGAGCGACGACAUCAGCAAGGAUGCCGAUGGGACUGAUGCCCAAUGCAGAUGGUGCGCAGAGGGAGGUAAUCUGAUUUGUUGUGACUACUGCACCAACGCCUUCUGUAAAAAGUGUGUGUUGCGCAACUUUGGACGUAAAGAGCUGUCCGUCAUCAUGGACGCUGAUAAGAAAUGGCACUGUUAUGUGUGUUGCCCUGAGCCUCUUGUGAAGCUGGUCAUGGCUUGUGACGCUACCCUUCAGAAUCUGCACAAUUGUGGUACAAGAAGGGGGCGCCUGGACCCGCAGAGAGGGAAAAUUUUGGAUCAAAAGGGUCAGCAUCACCAGACUCAAGAUGGUCAGUCCUUCUCUCUCUCCUCUGGCCUUUUGCAAAGGACUCAGCGCCUGAUUGAGAUGACCAUGGCACUCAACCAGUCAUUUGUGCAGUUUAUGGAAGGCUGCGAGGAGGACAGCAGUGACGAAGAGGAAGACAGAACCCUUAAACUGAGGGACUACUCCAAUGUUCCCAUAGACCUACAGAACGCCUAUGAUGCCUUGCAACAGGCGGUAGAAAUGGAGCUUCGUAGAAGUGGACAGGACGACCUGAGGACGCUGUACCCUUCCAACGAGCAAGAGCAGCCUGCAUCCAAGGUCAAGGAUGGUCAAACGUCUGCUAUGGGAGAUGACCAAGAGAAUGAAAGAGACAUUCAACCAAUGGACGAGGAGAGCAGGUGCUCGCUAUGGGUACAGCAGACGCCUCCCCAGUCAUCAUCUACUGACGCUAGCAUGGAGGGAAGUGGCAUGUUUGAGUCGGACAAGAGCUCAUCCCCUGACCUUGAAAUGACCAGCAUGAAGAAGAGCAUGCCUCAAGGCCAGUCCUCCUCUCCUUCUUACUCCUCAUCCUCCUCCUCUUCCACACUGACCCCGCGAGUGAAGCCAAGGCCGAGGGGAAGGGGACGCCCCCGUAAACACCCCCCCAAAUUACAGAGACCAGUGGAGCCCUCAUCUCACAGCUCUUCGAGUGAGACAGGGGGGUGUGCCUCCGAGAGCGGCUGCGACAGUGAUUUCAAAGACCAGCAGACCACAACCAAAGGGGUUUCCUCACUGACUAACUUUUAUCUGCAGACUGUCAACUGCACAGCUUGUGGACAGCAAAUGAAUCACUUUCAGUGGGAUGCCAUGUACAGACACCCAGCGCUCGGAGUGCUUAUCUGCAAGUCUUGUUACAGUUACUACAUGAGCGAUGACAUCAGCAAGGAUGUGGAUGGGACAGAUGAACAGUGCAGGUGGUGUGCUGAAGGGGGGAACCUUAUUUGCUGCGACUACUGCACAAAUGCCUUCUGUAAAAAGUGUAUUUUACGCAACUUUGGACGUAAAGCGCUGUCAGCCAUCUUGUAUGCAGGCAAAAAAUGGCAUUGCUACGUCUGCAACCCGGAGGCAUUAGUGGGCCCGGUCCUGGCUUGUGACGCUACCUUAGAGAGCCUUCAUAACUAUGGCACUAAAAGGGCUCGUCUGGACCCUCAAAGAACCGACAUUUUUGUCCAGAAGGGUCCAUUUGGCCAUACUCAGGAUUUCUUUGUCUCCGUUCACCUCUCUGAGAGGAACCAGCGUCUCGUUGAGAUGACCACGGCACUUAAUGAGUCCUAUAUGCAAUUCAUGCAGAGCUUCCAAGAGGUCAACUUUGAUGACGAGGAGGAGAGGACAAUGAAACUCAAAGCAUACUUUCAUAUUCUCGUAGACCUUAAGAAGGCCCAUGAUGCCUUAAAGAGCACUGUGGAAGCAGAAAUCCAGAGAUGCCCGCUUAAAGGCCCAUAAACCACACUUACUAUGCCCAAAAAGAAUAGGAUGGAACAAAUUCAACUGACGUGAAACAAAUGGAAUUGAACAUGUAUCUGUUAUAAGUAUAGGCUGACCAAUUUGUGGAGAGCUAGAACUGAGAGCUUCUUUUUUGGAUGACCUUUUCCAUUUCAUUCCAUUGACCCUGAAAAAAGAUAGCCUCUCAUAGUCUGUUGAAAUAUUAUGGGAUAGUCCUAUUAUAACUCCGUUGCCUCUAGUUUGUGUAUGGAAACGGCAAGUGAAAAUGGCAGACACAGUCAAUAUAGUUGUAGCAUUGAAAAACUUAAAUGACCAAAGCCAGCUAUGCAGCUCCAUAAAAAGUGGCCGACGCCAAAUCCUAAUAACAUUUUCACUCAGAAAUCACUUGUAUAUCACAAUUCGAACAGUCUAAAAUGCAUUCUAAAAAAAUCUCUGAUCAAAAUGAAUGGUGGCUAUAGCAACAUAAUGAUAUACUUGAGAGCUCUGUGAGGAAAUGGGACCUCUAUAGAAUAAACAGUAUAAGGUUGCCAGGGAUUAAGGGUUACAUGUACAGAAGAAAAAAAUCUUCACCAUCCUUUAUUCUCAACCUUUACUGUUGCACCGUAAGUCACAUACAGGUCAUAAAAGCACAGCAUUGCAAUGUAUUAUGAAUGGUUUAAUUCAGUCCCUUGGAUGAACAUUACUGUGCCAUUUUUUCAUAUUUAUUAAGUCAAGCUUACUGGGCAGUUUCAAGCCCUUUGUUCCAUGUUUCUGUUGCCAAACUAGAGCCCCAAAGUGUUUGAGGUACAAGUAUUCAUUUGAGUACUAACUCCUGGUUGACGCUUAGGACUGUGUUCAGAGUUCGGGGUGAAUUGUUGUUUAUUAUCCCUCACAAUGCUUGCGGUCACUUUGUCCUAAACUUGUUUUUGUUGUCUCUCAAUGUGUUAAAUUAAUUCUAACUUAUUUUGGAAUGAAUACCCUAAAUAUUCAUAUUUAAUGUAAAUUUCAUGUAAUCAUGGAACUCCAGGUCUCUGCUGCAGAUUUGGCUAAUAUCAGUGAACCUGCGGGUGGCCAUAAAAUGUUUUGUUAUGUCCUCUGAAAUGUUUCUUUCCCAUUGUGGCUUUUGUUGUGGAACCAUCUGUGUGAACCUUGAAAGUUUCUCCUUACUUUGUUUCACCUUGCCAGUAGAUCAAUUUGAGAAUAAUCAUGAGAUUGAUCAUGAUUCACCACAGAGCUCUUAUAGUUGACGUUUUUGUGUGUGCAAAAAAGAAAUCAAGAAGGGAGGCCCACAGCUCAUGCAUACUGGGAUUAGCUUGCCUUAACAAAGAGGACAAGAUGCACACUCAAUGGCUGUAUGACUCUUGAUUUGAGAUUUGAGAUGGAUUUUGAUAAAGUGAUAGACAUUUCCACAAGCCUGAGUGGUAUGGUGGCAUUUUUUCCAGAUUUACCAAACAUACAAAGUAUCUGUUUUGAAAGUUCAAUAAACAACUUAGUUGGUA